GCGAGUAUAAAAAUGAGAUGGUGGAAGCCAGACCCGCAGAGUGCUAAAUCUGAACUCGUGGAGGACCUUCAAGUUGGACUUCUCCUCUUUUCACAAAAGACACCCCCGUCCAAGAGAAGAACUCACUGUUCAUGGAGAAUUCCUCGGCUCACGACCGAGAGGAAAGCAGUGGGUAUCAAUCCAGCUACGAGGUACCCCUCUUGACCGUGGUAUGUCUGCUGGGGUUCACCGGCAACUCCAUGGUGUGGACGGUCUACAGUAAGCCCAAGUACAGAAAGUCCAAUGCUGCUAUCUACAUUCUCAGUUUGGCGGCAGGAGAUAUUUUGGCUCUAGUCGUGGUGGUUUUCCACAUUACGGAAUUCUUCCCAAUCACGUGGCCAGUCCUGUGGGCGUUCGACUGGCAGUGCUCUGUCCAUCGAUUCUUUCGAUUUGUGGGUUUCAACAACACCGUUCUGACCAUGACGGCCAUCGCAGUGGACCGCUUCUACGCAGUGCGCCACCCAGUAACCUUCAAGACGCGCUUCACUGUCAGGAGAACGCGCAUGGUCGUCGGUGCUCUGUGGGUAGUGACUUUGCUCGUGUCUGCACCGUUUGCAGUCAUGUUUCGGAGCAUAUAUGGUGGAAACGGCAAGGCUGAAACGUACCCAGGGAAGCUAUCGUUUGCCUGCAAGCUCGUUCUCAGCUCCUUCGGUGAUUGGUUUGUUACAUUCAAGCCUAUCUACUUGAACGUCGUCUUGUUUUACGUGCCGGUUAUCGUCACUGCUGCCCUCUAUGUCAUCAUCGUGCUGCACGUGUGGAAGAACAAUAAAUUCGUCAGUUCGCAGAUGGGUCGCUCCCCUCAUCGCAACUCACACUGGAAAACUGCCAAGACGCUCUUGACAGUUUUCGUGGUGUACGUCACCUGCUACAUUCUCUUUGCCACUUACAAUUUACUCGCGCCUCUCGCUCCAGGCUUGUUGCCCCCGCAAAUCAAGAACGUGGGCCUGCUGCUGCCCUUCGUAAACAGCUGCCUGAAUCCGAUCGUGUAUUCCUUUAUCAAUCCGAGUUUCCGUAAGACGUGCUGGGAGACGUUCUGCUGCUCUACCCUGGCGCACUUUUUCCCGGGGACGACAAAAGCGGGAAGUGCGAUGAAUUGCACGACGUGCAGCAGCGGGGACGUGAACGAAAGGGUUGAAGAUAAAGGCGCUGAGCCACCGCUCAUUCCAACACAAAUUAGAGUUGCUGUCAUUUCAGCUGACUGUUCUUUUUCGGCGGUCAAGGAAACCCAAACGGGGAACGGUGUACUUGUGAACGACUCGAAACCAGAGAACCCGACUGGGCAGUGUUGCAACACAAAUAUCUAACCUCGAUUCCGAGUAAAUCUGUAUUGUUUUCAAAACAGGCAGGCUACAAAAUAUGAAAGGUCACACAAAAGUGAAAGGCGGGAAAGAUUAAGGAACGCAUCCCUCACGAAUCUUCAGGUUAAGCUUUGGCUGAAAUAUAGGCCUACUAUACCCUUGUACAAAGGAACGCAAAAUAAACUGGCAGUUAUAAAUUACGAGAGAAAAUGAAUUCACAUUAAAAUCCCGAAGUAAGUACAGUAUAACACGCGUUAACUUCCGGUUCCAUG